AUGCUUCCUUCUGUAUUACCUGAAACUGCUAUACUUAAUCUACCAGAAGAUCAGUAUUAUGUCUUAUCAAUAAUCACUUCAUAUCUUGGCCCAAAUGAUGAAAUCGAUACACUUCUUAAUACUACUAAUAUUGUCAGUUUUAAAGAAAAUGCUCAGCAAAUUAAUCAAAUGAUUUGUAAUAUAUUACCUAUUCCUGAAGGAAAAUUCUUUAAAUUACAAGCUGUAGAUUCAGUAAAUUCCACAUCGUGGGAUUCUUAUAAUGUGGUAAUUGGUGAGAUUGGAGUAUUUGGUGUGUUUGGAGGAACUAAUGGAAUAAAAAAUGAUAGGGUCGCUGGUAAAUUCAGAGGAGCGAUAUUAUUAAAAGGAACAGAUAAUCCAGCGAUUAAAAGUAUAUCUUCAAAUAUAUCAUCUCUUCCCAAUGUAUUCUUUUUAUUGAUAGACGAAGGAAAAGAUGAGAAA